AUGAUGUUUUUACAAUUAAAACAUUUCACUAAGAGCACACGUGUGGAGCUGGUACUACUGAUUCUCGCAAAUUUAAAUGCAAGCGUAAGUUUUUACAGACCACUCAAGAAAAAAGCUUAUGAUAUACAAGAUAUUUUUGAAUUAGAUUAUGGCAUAGAGUUAACAUAUCAUCAAGCUUAUUCUGGACUUGAAUAUGGAAAGGAAGUUUUGUGGGGAGAUGAUAUAAAGUCAUAUUCAGACUUUACAUGGUAUGUAGAUGUUGUCAAGAAAUACAAUCCUGGUAGUGAAGUUGUUCUUGAAGUUGAUAAAGUUUCUAAGAAGUUUGAGAGAUUUUUUAUAUCUUUUGAUGCAAGUAUACAUGGCUUUAACAACUACUGUCGUCCUAUGAUAAUCCUUGAUGCCACUUUUCUUGUUGGGAAAUACAAAGGUGCCUUACUGGUAGUUAUUGGGAAGAAUGCUAAUCAAGGAAUUUUUUCAUUAGCUUUUGGUAUAGCGUCAUGCGAGGAUAAACCAAAUUGGGUAUAG